GGACAAUUACAUUUUAUAGUUGAUUUAUAAUCAAAUAAGCGUUCACAGUCAUUUAUUGCUUGUUAUUUGAUAACACCUCAACCCAACCGAUGCCAUUCGGUCACCGCGAUGGAAUGGAUAUGCCACAAAAUGAAAGGAAAUCGAAGUUCAUAGAAAGUGGGCUUUGUUAAUCAGUUUAUAAAAGACUGGUAAAGCAAAAGCAAAAUAAAGAAACCAAACACCGAAUACGGAUACCAAUAUAUUCACAAUUGGUAUCAAAUCGAAAAUGCCUGUCACAACCAUGGUAACAAACAACAACAAGCAUAAAAAGUUAGGUUAUAGCCCGUAUAUUUCCUUCAGUGCCUUUUUCUUAUUUUUUAUGUGUUACUUGUGAACAUACGAUGAAGCAUGAGCUACAAUAUUAGAAAAAGACUGAAAAACGUAGUGGUAGAAUCUGACGAGGAGGAGAAAGAUUUUGAAGAAAGUGCCAGCGAUUAUUCUCCAUCGGAAUCUGAAUCGGCUUCUAGUAGCAGCGAACUUGAAAACAGCAGCAGCGAAAGCGACAACAGUUCUCAUGUGGAAUCUUCUAAAAAACUCCCAACAAAAUUCAGACAGGACGAGGAUCAUACGUACAUUAUUAAAUCAGAUGAUUACUUUUCAAAUUGCACAAAGAAGAAAGCUGUAACAUCUAACAAUAAAUUCACAGAUGUAGAUACUUCAAGACUGGAACAAGGCAAAUUACAAGAUUUGUUGUCAUCGUAUAAUGUUACCGUGAAGCACAAUAAGCAAUUGAAACAGGUUGCUGUGGAGAAUCGUGACCAAUUUUCGAAGUGGUUGUACAUCUUAAAGGAAGGUUUUAAUGUGUUACUUUAUGGUUUAGGAAGUAAAAUUAAAAUUCUAAAUGAAUUUAGAGAGAAGUGUUUGGGAAAUCUACCAGUUUUAGUUGUAGACGGUUUCUUUCCCAAUUUAUCAAUUAAGGAUAUCGUUACUGGCAUAGUAAAUGACAUUUUGGAACUCUCUGAUAAUCCGACUAAUGUUUAUGAGGCUUGUGAUGUAAUAAUCAACAAAAUGUCCAGCCGUCGCAAUCUAUGUUUUUAUAUGAUUGUUCAUAAUAUCGAAGGUGAACCUUUGAAAAAUCAACAGACUCAAACCCUUCUCUCAAAGUUGGCAGCUGUACCGAAUAUUCAUAUUGUUGCUUCUAUUGAUCACAUCAGUGCGCCACUUAUUUGGGUUAACACGCAAUUAAGUAAAUUUAAUUUUGUAUGGUACAAUGUCACUUCAUUCUUGCCGUAUUUGCGCGAAACUUCAUUCGAGGAGUCGAGUAUUGUCCAACAACCAAAGGCGUUAGUAUUGUCAUCGCUUAACAAUGUGUUUAUGUCACUUACGUCAAAAACGAAAGAUAUUUAUUUGAUAAUGGUAAAAUAUCAACUGGAACAUGGGAAGGCCAAACACUACAAGGGGUUCGCGUUUAAAAAACUUUAUGGAGUUUGUAAAGAAGGAUUUUUGGUCAGUACAGAUUUAGCAUUACGUAGUCAGCUAACAGAAUUUGUAGAUCAUGAGAUGGUCAAAAUAAAAAGAUCGAACGAUGGUGUCGAGUAUCUAGUUAUUCCAAUUGACAAUAAUGUAUUACAACAAUUUGUAGAUAAACAUUCAAAAGAAUAGAUUUCAAUAAACAAUUUUCUGUGUA